UCUUUGAUGCCUGAGAUCUUGUACUAGGGCCAAACCAAAGUUCAGUUUAGAAUAGUUUAUGGUUGCCAUUUUGUUUUGCGAAAACGACGCUUGCUUUUCUUGCUUUUGUUCGUGAAUGAGUGUAUUCAAAAGUCAGUUUUGUGAAUAAAACCACGGAUGUGUAUAUAAACAAUCGCUGACAUAAGAUGAAUUCGACAAUAUCCGAUGAUUUAUCCCGUGAACAUUUAUCGUUAGAAGCUGUAAAGUGUAUAAAAAAUAUAUCUUCGAACAGCCAGGCAGUUACGUUACUACACAAGGAACUGUUAGAAAUAAAUCUCUCGAUAAUUACGUACAUUGAGGAAAGCAAGCAGCGACUUGCAAGGCUACGCAUGAGCUUGGCGCAUGACGCGAAGAGUUCUCAUAGAGUUGUAGAAAUAUUAUCUGAUAAAUAAAAUGUCAUCACCAGCCACUCCUCAUAAGCGUACCAGUCAAGUAAAACUAAUGAAGGCAUCUCAUGAAACCAACAACAAUACAAGCAACAAAUUCUGUGAACGUCAACAAGCCAGAACAUUUAUUAGCUGGUACAAACGCAUGAUAGAUAAUGAACGGUACAACUUAGCACUGUACCUAUCUGACGAUGCUAUGCUUGAAUGGUUCGGACGGACCAUUAAAACAAGAAAAAAAGUUACAGCCUUCCUAAAAUAUGAUAUGCAAUGUUCACGCCAUGAUUUCACUACAGUUGAAAGUAUAAAUAAGAUUCAAACGAGGCAUGAGAGAGUGCAAAGGAAAGAUGACUCAGUCCUGGCUAGUCCACUGCACUCCCCUGAAAUCAUAAGAACAAAAGACAGAUGUCACAAAAGGAGGCUGCUCAGGUCCAACUGCAACAGCCCAGAGUGGGCUGAGGGUUGCCAGCCUCAAGAUGAAAUUAGCAUAGACAAGAAACAAAAGACUGACAAAAGUGGGCCUGAUGUAGAAAAUAUUAAUGAACUAGAUCACAACCCAUUGAAAAGAUCAUUCCCAGAGGAUGAUUCAGAUAUAAGCAGCAAAGGCGAUGGCUUACGUAAGGUGAAGAGGAAGUGUGUGCCGGUCACACCUCCCAACAACGAAGUUGGACAAGGGGACUGUCUUCCUUCCACAAGUGGAACAGAUUCAGACAGGUCACAUGAUACACUUAACGCCCAGUUGCCAAAAUUAGCUGUAGAGUGUAACGGUUACAUAGAGUUCACUAGAACAAGGAACAGUCGAAGUACUGAUGCAAUGAAAUAUGAAAGGAAGUGUAAAGUACAAAUAAGUUACUCAGAAGAUCCUUUGAAUGUUGGUGAGUAUAUAAUUUGGGCAUUACAGUAUACAGAUGAUAGUAAGUGUAGAAGGAACCUGCUGGCUGCUUUUGAAGAGGUUGCUAAAGAGGAGGAACUUAAGAAAGUUUAGAAAUAGGAAUUAUUAAUUUUACUGUCGAAUUUAUUAGAAGCAAUAUGUUGCCAGUUUUUAAAUUGUUUUGAAAUAGUUUUACUAUUUGUUAUUUUAUUGUAUAAGGGCACUAGGAAUAAUUUUAUUACUGCCAUUUCAUGUUUUUCUUUCAUUGAUUGCCUGAAAAUUAUUCUUAUUAUCCUUCCAGUGACCAAACUUUAUAAUUUAAGCACACAAAAUGCAUGAUUCUUAUAUUGGUAGAGGCUACCUAUCCAUUUACUUACAUAAAUAUUUAUAGAACAAACGAAUUUGACAGUAAAAUUACCCAUUAGAUGAUUAGAUGAAAGCAAUUUAUACUAUUGAUAACCAUGUGAUAUAAAGAAGAUAUUGUAUUUUUCUAUGUUAAAGCAUUUAUUUUUAUGUAUGUUUACAAUGUGACCAACUGUACCUCUUGACGAUAUGAAUUUGCAAUGAUUUUUAAUGUUUUACUGCUGUAUUCUAACUAUAAUCCGCGCAGAUAGAGAAUAGAUUUAUAAAUGGCGGCGGGUACUCAUGGUACGAUUGGCAAAACAAGUUCUCAAACAUCGAUUUUUAUUGACUUUGUUAUAAGUUUAUGAUUAUUUUUAUAUAUUAUUAAUUAAUAAUAGUAGAAAUAAUGACAAAAAUAUUAAUUAAAUAAAUAAGGAGCAAGGGUACAUUAAUAUCACUAGAUUUUUAAAUUUGUCUUUAUUAAUUGUGAAUUACAUAAAUACCACUUCACAUACAUACACAAAGUUUUAUAAACCGCUUGGUCCAGCAGUAUCCUGGUCAUCUGAACCCAUAAUUGGUUCAAUUCCCUCCAUCAAUUCAUUAUUAUCCUCCAUGGACUGGUCACUUUCACAGUCCUGGUCUUCGUAAUCGUCACUUUCAUCUUCGCUGUCGCUGUUCAUACCAACACUGAUAAUAAAGUCUUCUAUUUCACUCUCCCUACCUACAUCGCGAUUCCAGUAUUCUUCUUCGACUUUUUUUAUGUGGUUUAUUUGUUUCUUCCAGUCGUCUCGCGUAAUUGAAGCUAUGGCCUCUUUUGUGAACUCCUCAAUUUUAUUUUCGUGUUGCUCCACAUUUUUAUCUGCGACCCGUUGUUUUAUUAAAUUCCAGACAUGUUCUAUCGGGUUCAGGUCGCAGUUGUAAGGAGGGAGUCUGAGGACUUCAUGGCCAUGUUCACGGAGAAGUUCGUCCACCAAAUAUUUUUUCUCUGGGCGAUGCUUUUUUAGCUGCAUGAGCAGCUCUGCUUUUGUCCAAUCUUCUUCAAAUGAGACAUUGUGCUCCUGCAUCCAUAUCUUUAUGUCCGCUUUGCGGGUUGCAGUCGUUGGCGCUUUAUCCACCUGCAUACUGUGGUAGGAUGCAUUAUCCAUGACGAGAAUGGAGUUUUCAGGCAGAUUUGGUAUUAGUUUUUCUUUUAAAUAUUUCGUAAAAUUAUUACCAUCCAUCUCGUCAUGGUAGUCACCUUUUUUUGCUUUAGCUUUAAAUAAUAAUCCUGCACCCUCCACAAACCCAUCCUCUGAGCCGGCAUGAACCAUCACCCACCUUUGUCCGGGACUAUCAUUUUUGCGAACGCCUUUAUCGGUGGAUGACUGCCAGCACUUGCUGACAGUAUAAUGGGCAUGGAUCCACGACUCAUCCAUAUAUACUACUUUCUUUUUUUCCACACCCAUGGCAUCAUUUUGUCGGAUGCGGCGUAAAUAUUUAACUCGCCACGCUUUUAUGUUUUCUCGUUCUAUGAGCACCAUUCGGUUCUGGCGGCAUUUUUUAAAUUGAAAUCCGAGCUUUUCUUUUAAAAUCUUUCUUAAUGUAGUUUUGGAGCCUUUAUAGUUUAAAUCAGCUCUUGCUGACGCCAGAAUCUUGUUCAGCGUAGGUACCUCCUUUCGAACGUCGUAUAUUGAGGCAACAAUAUUUCUAAUGGCACAAAUAUCGAAGCUGCCCAUGGGGACACGCGUAUUAUUUUUGCCUUUUCUGCCCUUAUUCGGCGUACGGAUCUUGGUGUUGGUUUGUUCUGCAAGUUUUCCUGGAAUAAGAGUAAAAUAUUACUAUUACUGUCAGUUAUCGUUAUAGAGCUGAUUUGAAUUUAGAACAUCGUGUACAAGACUCCAUUUGUGACAAUCUUGAUAAGACUUUUUAAACAAAUACAUAAUUAUAAAACAAAUAAACUACUGCUUAAAAUAAUGAUUCAUCUAAUUAAGUACCUAACUUUUAUUAUUGUUUUUAGAUCGAUUAUUAACCUUAUAUUAUUUUUAAACUGAGUUAUUGAAUAAAUCAAUUUUAAUAGGUACUUCUUUUUAAUUUGAUACGAAUAUGCGCACGCCAUUUUCAUUCUUUGCAUUUAGUAGGUAAUUUUGUCUAUGAGGUGGGAUGAAAUUAUUAUUUUUUCUUGUUUUUAGAUCGAUUUUAAAAAUUAAGAUUUUAGAUUGAUUACAUUUUAAAACCGAGCUUUUAAAUAGGUGCAUUCCCUCGCUAUCGCUCAGGAUUCUAAUUUUUUAGAAUCUUAGAAUCCUUCGCUUGCUCGGUCAACAAAAUUGAGCACGCGAUUAAAAAGCAACUUUGCACUCUUGUAUAACAAAUAACUAUAUCUAUCUAUCUUGGUCACGCCCAUAAAGCAACUGCGUAAAAUAAUGUGUAAGUACCAUGUAAUUACCUUCUUUCUUUAUUCUCGAUAUAGUAGCCGUCGAUAAAUUAGUCGCCAUCGCUGCGCGUGCGGCGCUGUACUUUAAUGGAUGAUAACGCUCCAAGUUCUUCUCGUCGUCAAAGUAUUUUAUCACGUUGUAAACAAUCUGACGUGCAUCACUGUGAAGAAUCUUGCCACGUUUUCGUGAAGCCAUUGUCAAUCAAUCACAAAAUGUCAACGUUCGUAACAAAAACUUAACAAAAAUAAAUAACAAUCAAACGUAACGCAAACAAAUAACAAUGAAACUCAACAAAAACAACAAAACGGAACGAAUUUAACGAUAACUCGGAGUGCGUCAAGUAGCGUGCAAAGCGAAUCCUGACUGAUUAUUUUUUUGUAGCGCGUACUACACUGUGUGAGUAUAGACAGCGAUAAAGAGUGAGCGAGAACGCAUGCGAGCGGACGCCAUUUUCAGAUCUAUUCUCUAUCUGCGCGGGUUAUACCAAAGUUUUACUUUAUCCAACUACUAGAUAAGGCGAGUGAAUAUAAUAUAGAUGUGUUUUGUGCGCCGAAAAAUCAUCCCUCAUAUGGGGUUUACUACCAUGUAGUAACUUUUUAUUUCUUUAAAAUCUUAGAAUCUUGUAACCUUCGAUUUUAGAUUUAAAAUCCUAGUUUUAUACUUAGGUAUCAAAUUAUGUAACUUUUCGUUAUUACUUUUCAUUUCUUGAAUAUUCUGUUUGCAAAAAAUAUAUUUCUUCUUAACUUUGUAAAGCCAGAAAACCUUCAGUUUCGAUUGAGAAUGAAUUUGUGAUUUAAGGUUCAGUUUCGUGCCACUUCAUCAAUCGUGUGACAAAAGUCAGAAUAUGAAUGUGCGCGUCUAUGCAUGCAGACGCGCGCCAUCGGUCAGUGGGUCAGUCACCUCUGAAAUAACGCCAUACAUAAAUUCCCAUAUUCUGUCGCAUUACGCGUGGCAUGAUAUUGAACCUUAGACUUGAUACACACCAUUUUCUUUAUUGAAUUUAGCAAACAUUUCGCCCAGACUCUACUAAAAGAAGAGCGGAUUUUUUGUUCCAGAAAUUCCAUUGGUAGUGUAAAACCGCUAUACUCCAUUCCGCUUUGGUGGAGUCUGGGUCUUUAUGUAGUUUUAAUUCUAACAAAAUGGUCUUUAUCGACUUCUACUAAAAGUCACAAUAAUUAUUCUGUUUAAGUCUUAAUUGACGGUUUUAUUGCCUUAAUACGAUCUCUGUCUAUUCCACUAUUCUUUUACCACCGACUUGUAGCUUGUAUUCAUUAGGAAUAGUUAUUAAUUAUAAUUACGAAAAUUAGCUUAGUUGUAGAACUAAUUCUUAAAUUGUGACUUGCAUGUUGUUCCAUUUACGAAAAUCGAAAAAAAAUAUAUUUCUGUCGGCCGCCUUUUUACAAAAUGUCUGUCGGUUGUGAAUUUGUAACGUGACCCAGUAAAACUAUACUGAUAGUGACGCAAAAUUGGAUUACUUAAUUCACUCUAUGGUACCUAGUUUGUCAUGAAGUCAAUUACACUCACAAAAUGUUUUAAUUAGCUUGACCAAUCAUGGUAAUUAGGUUAAUAUUCGCGUAUGGAUAGUACAGGAGUUGCAAACAACUGCUAUUUCUUUAUUUUAUGUUUUGGCUUAAGGAAUUGGGCAAAUGGAUUGUAAAUGAGAUUGCCAAUUGUAUGUUGUUAGUUUUAACUACUUUAAGUUUUAUGUUGUUAACUCAUUACUUGUGAAGUAAUGGCGAUGGGAAUUAUUUUUGUUUUGAUUAUGCUAGAGAUGUAUAAGGUAAAUAAAACUUGUUUAGAAAUA